UUCAAAUAUGCCUGAGCCAAUAGGAUUGAAUGUUUCUGUAUGCACAUGCAUGAAAAAACAACACGCAUACAUGAUUCGACUGCAUUCUAUCUUCAAUCUAGCCAACGCCACCAUGGGCCUUUGUUCUCUCAGCAAACGUCACUCCAGAAGAGCUUCCCUUCUCCCCUUACACCCCUCCUUCCAGUCCCGUCUCAUAUUCCCUCAUUAUUUCUCCACCUCUCCACUGCCUGUUUCUCUCGUCACUCUGUCUUUCUCCUCAAAUCUGUUUGUCUUCUUUGGCUGCAGCAGCUGGUUGCAGUCUUGAGCCAGAGUCUCAUCCCGCAUCCCCCCUCCCCCCCACGAGUGCACGCAAAGACAAAAGGCCAGGGCUGCUUGUCAGAACACUGCCCCCUUCCUCCCUGCGCUGCCGUGCAUCUGCAGAGGAGAGAGUGACCUAUAGAACAGGAACCAGCAGGCUCAUAGUGAAGAAAAAAAAAUCACACUCAUACAGAAUGGGGCCUGGCUGGACUGACGUCUUGCAUAAGCCUUUCCAGGAAGAUUCCCGGUAGUAGGGCCGAGGAGAAGCGGGAGACCGGACACGGUUGCCCAGGGCUGGAGGAUUAGGGGACGAGCAGCUGAUUUUAAUUGACAAAGAUCCGUGUUUCUCACUGGUUUUCUGGGGAAAACACGAGAGGAGGAAGCAGGGACACUGGCUAGAAGAGAGGAACAGGGACCAUGGAGAGAGUGAGGGAGAGAGAGAGAGAGGGAGAGGGGAGGCAGAGAAGGAAGUAGAAACAGUCCAGUGCUGCAGAAUGGGGUAAAAGCGAGAGGCACAAUCAAAAAGAGGUCAGGUACCGAGCCUGUUUAAAUUCUACUUGCUGUCUCUGUGUCUUGUUUUCUUCUGUCAGGAAACGGUGCUCAUCUUGUGGUUUUGGUUUACACAGUGCUUGUGGUUUUCCUUUGGAAUGUGCAUCUGCUUUUUGUCUUUUCAUUUUUCCUUCUCUCAUCCAUCCAUCCAUCCAUAUAAACCAGCUCUGAGCCUCUGGUGUGCAUGUAUUUUUCAUAAACGUCCUCCAUAGUCUGUGUUUCUCAGGCCUAGCGUUUGAUUCAGCUCGGCAACGUGAAUUGCACACGCAUUCUGAACACAAACCUCUUCGAUAAUAUUAACACACACUCUAAGCAGGAAUAUUUUGCAGGAAUAUUGAAGAUUUGAUGAAGAAACUGGCAGCUCCUGUGUCUCCUGUGUGGCUGCACUGCAGCACACACAUUAUGCAGGGUGACCGGAACCGGCUGAAACCGGUUUGAGGCAGACGAGGAUGCUAGGAAACAAUACAGUCACUGUGCUACAGGCAGAUAGCUGACUGUUUCAUGGCAGCCAAAAUGGCAAAGGGGUCUUCAGGAGUAAUACAGCCCCGAGCAGGGAUGUUAGAAAGACAGUCUUUACACACCGUGAGACGGUUAUGCACGUCAGGGUCGGGAGGCAGCCAUGAGAACUGAGCAGAUUUGGUGACCGUGGGUCACUAUGUGCUGUUAUUCAUAGUGGUCACCAUCCAGAAUGGUCUUUGGCGUGCCGUCCCGUGUCCCUCCUGGUGGAUCGUUUCUUGAUGGGCCCUGCCUAGUGCAAAAAGUGGAUUUUUUUCCCUUCUGCUGUCAGGGAGAAAGGAGGAGGAGGAGGGUGGUGAUGUUUUGUUGUGGAGGUGGUAAAAGGAAGGAAGGAAGGAAGGAAGAAGAGAAGCAAAGCAAGAUUGUGUGCUGUAGUUGUCGGAACAACGAGGGUGUUUAGCUCAUUCUUUUAAGACCAUGGGCGACAUGAAAACCCCAGACUUUGAUGAUCUACUUGCAGCCUUUGACAUUCCUGACAUGGUUGAUCCCAAGGCUGCCAUUGAGUCCGGCCAUGAUGAUCAUGAAGGACAACUCAAACACCAUGCCCACCAUGAAGAGGAUUCCCAUGUCUCGUCUGGUCCAGAUGUUGGGGUUAGUGUUAUUGUUAAGAACGUCCGGAAUUUUGAUACCACUGAACAUCACUCAACAUCUGUCGAAAAUGGACUGCACAACGGUUUCUUGCCUGUUUCACCCAACAAUAGAUACAGCGAAGAGAGUGACAAGCUUCAAAAAAGUGAAAUCCAUGGGAUGGCAGGAAAUAUCUCCACAUUCAACCAGUUUAGUCCCAUCUCUAGUGCCGAGGAGUUUGAUGAUGACGACAAGAUUGAAGUAGAUGACCCUGCCGACAAACAAAGUAAUUUACCAUUUAGACCGAACCCUCUAACCGGUCUGAGCACAAAGGCUAAAGAGCCUCGUUCUCAACUCACUAAACCAGAUGGUCCAUCUAGACCAAGAACAAAUGGAAACUACAAUCAUAUGAAAGUUGAGAAUAGUACCACUAAUGGCACAGUGGAACACUCAAACCUUUAUGACUCUCGAAAACCAAGAAAAACUGAGGAGCCCUCCAAAGAAACCUCCAGAUCCCAAGAAGCAAGUGAGCCUGGAGAACCAGUCGUUGAGUUGAGUGCGACCAACCUCUCCCAAGCCAAGGCCAAAUCAUCUGCAAAGCUCUCAUCCUGCAUCGCUGCAAUUGCAGCACUCAGUGCAAAGAAAGCUAACACAGAAGCAAUGUCUCCAGAAUCCCUUGCCACACCUCAAGACUCACCCAGAGAGGCUAAAGAGAUCCCUAAGGUUACAGAGAAAUCACCAGAGCAGGAGUCAGCUCUGGAGCUUGGCAAGAAGAUGCUCUUAAAACAACCCGAAAGUCCUUGCAGUGUUACCAGUGAAAGUAGCAGCAAAGGAUCUCCAGCAUCUCCAGCAGGAUCCAUACCAGUCAUUCCCAAAGUCCGCAUCAAAACGAUCAAGACAUCAUCAGGGCAGAUUAAGAGGACAGUUACCAGAGUCCUGCCCGAGUUUGAUCCUGAUGUCUUGAAGAAAGGUAUUGAUUCUUCAUCCAAUGUUGUCUCUUCUCUGCUGUCCACUCCAAUCUCGACUUCUGUUUUCUCAUCUCCCACCAGAACAACUUUGCCAACCAAAGUAGUAGCUACUUCUGGAGGCUCUGCCAUUGAGGUAACUAAACAAAUGACCAUCAAACCCGUGGCCACUGCCUUCUUACCCGUCUCAGCUGUCAAGACUGCAGGCUCCCAAGUAAUUAAUCUGAAACUUGCCAACAAUACAACUGUAAAAGCCACUGUCAUACCGGCGGCAUCCGUUCAGAGUGCCAGCAGUGCCAUCCUCAAAGCUGCUAAUGCCAUUCAGCAACAAACUGUCAUGGUGCCUGCUUCCAGCCUAACAAACACCAAACUUGUGCCAAAGACAGUCCACCUAACUAACUUAAAUCUCUUGCCUCAAAAUCCAUCAGCAGCUGAGCUCCACCAGGUCCUGACUAAGUCUCAACAACCCAUCAAACAAGCCAUUUUGGCCCAACAACAACAACAAAAGAAAGUGUCUCGGGUCCAGGUCCUAACUAGCUCCCAGAGCUCAGUGGUAGAGGCCUUCAAUAAGGUUUUGAGUAGCAUUAACCCUGUGCCAGUUUAUGUACCCAAUCUCAGCCCUCCAACUUCUGCCUGUAUAUCUUUACCAUCCCGUGGCUACAAGUGCCUGGAAUGCGGUGAUUCCUUUGCCCUAGAAAAAAGCCUAACUCAGCAUUAUGACCGUAGAAGUGUUCGCAUUGAGGUCACUUGCAAUCACUGCGGCAAAAACCUGGUCUUCUACAACAAGUGCAGCCUUCUGUCACAUGCUAGAGGACACAAAGACAAAGGGGUUGUCAUGCAGUGUUCACAUCUUAUCUUGAAGCCAAUUCCAGCUGACCAGAUGAUCCUAGCGCCAUCAAUAACCUCCACCGCUCCCACCUCUUCAGCUAAUCUUGGAUCCUCCAUUGUGGGAAGUCAAGGGAAGGGAAACCCAACCACAGUGAUCUCCGCACCCUCUUCAGCCCCCGUUGUUGCUGCCAUGCCACUGGAUAAGGACACCGCCAAGGUCUGCAAAUCAAAUCUGAAGUGCUUGGAGUGUAGUGAGACAUUUCAGGAAGAGUCAUCUCUUGCAAUGCACUACCAGCAGGCUCCCGAGUCAGGUGGACAGAAAACCUGCACCAUUUGCCAAAUGCUACUGCCAAACCAGUGUAGCUUUGCUUCCCAUCUGCGGAUCCAUCAGCACAAGUCUCCAUAUAUCUGCCCUGAAUGUGGAGCUAUCUGUCGGUCUGUCCAUUUUCAGUCCCAUGUGACCAAGAACUGCCUGCACUACACACGCAGAGUGGGCUAUCGCUGUGUUCACUGUAGCAUCAUCUUCGCUGACGUUGCUGCUCUCAAGUCACACAUUCAGGGGUCCCACUGUGAAAUCUUCUACAAAUGCCCAAUCUGCCCCAUGGCUUUUAAAUCGGCCCCCAGUACACAUUCCCACGCCUACACCCAGCAUCCAGGAGUUAAAAUUGGAGAGCCUAAGCUGAUCUACAAGUGUUCCAUGUGUGACACUGUUUUUACCCAGCAGACUUUGCUCUACACGCACUUUGACCAGCAUAUAUCUAAUCAGAAAGUGUCUGUCUUCAAGUGUCCAGAUUGUUCGGUGCACUACGCCCAAAAGCAGCUCAUGUUGGAUCAUAUUAAAUCCCUGCAUGGCACCUUAAAGACCAUCGAGGGCCCUCCAAACCUGGGCAUCAAUCUCCCUCUCAGCUCCAAACCUACUAAUUCCAUGAGCCUAAAUAACAACAAGGAGAGUGGCUCUAUCAACAGCCUCGAAAAGGGAGAGAAGAAGCCAACAUCCUCGACAAAGAAGAAAAGUAAUGGGACAGACCUUCCCAAAAAAGUCCCAUCGUCCACCUCCUGCCCUGGCUGGACUUGCAUGGAGUGCGACCGCUUGUUUACACAGAGAGAAGUCUUCAUCGCGCACAUGAAAAGAGAGCAUGGGAAGCAACUGAAAAAGCAUCCGUGUCGACAGUGUGAAAAGUCCUUCAGUUCCUCUCACAGUUUAUGUAGACAUAACCGAAUCAAACACAAGGGUCUACGGAAGGUCUACUCAUGUCUACACUGUCCAGAACCUAGUCGCACUUUCACCAAAAGACUGCUGCUAGAGAAACACAUUCAGUUGAUGCACGGCAUCAAAGACACAGAGGCCAAGCUUCCAGCAGAUUCCAGCAGCACAGAGGCCACCGUGGGCAGAGAGCAGUUACCCAGUCCUAAACGAAAGCACCACUCUGAAGAUGAGGAUGCCGAGAGGGAAGAGGAAGUGGAGGAGGCCGGAGGGGACGUGACUCCUGGUAAGCGGUCCAAGAGCUCAUCCUCACAACCUCUAAAGAAGCUAAAGAUCAAUGUCUUCAAAACACACAAAUGCGCCGUGUGUAGCUUCACCACCGAGGACAUCGUGAGUUUCCACGAGCACAUUCCUCAGCACAAGACCGACGUUUCGUCCUUCCAGUGCCGUGAAUGCGGCCUGUGCUACACCUCGCACCACUCCCUGUCCCGACACCUGUUCAUUGUGCACAAGUUGAAGGAAGCCCAAGGACUCGGACGCCACAACGGUCAGCAGGAGAACACGCCCAACCCAGAGGCCAACGACGGCAUCCCAGAUACUCAAUGUAAAGUAUGUUCCAAGACUUUUGAAACGGAGGGAGCCUUAAACACACACAUGCGGACACACGGAAUGGCCUUCAUUAAGUCCAAACGGCUGAGCACAGCUGAGAAGUAAGAGUGAGGCAGUGCCCCCUAGUGGAUGGAUGAUGGUUUGCAAGGAAUUAUUUGUUUGUAUGUUGUCAUAGAGAACGUCUUGUAUUCCUUCACUCUGGCCUCUUUGUAUGCUCAUUUGUUGUGCAUACGUAUACAUAUAUAUAAAUAUACAUAUAUAUAUACAAAAUGUAUAAAUCUAUACACACAGAAUGUGUGUUUAAAGAUGUGUAAUAUAUUAAAAACUGAUUUAUGUGUA